UGAAAAACAGCCAUGCGGCGCUCGAGGCGAGCGCGCGACGUCUGAUGAGUCGGCUACCGCCGCGGCAGUUAUUCUUCCGACGUGCUCCUUGGUCGUCGGUCGUCGAUGCCCGCCGAUAAGUGACACGGUGACCGUGCGACUUGAAGCUGUUCGUCCCAGGCCCUAGACAACACCUGGCCGAAUUCGGACGUUCUCUUUGCAGUCUCUGUGGACCGUCGUUAGACAUCGGGACAUCAGUGGAGGAUACUUGCUGGAGUUGGGUGACAGGUGGUAUAUGAGUUAGGCGUCUAACUGAAGUCACCGACCACGACGACUACCACCAAGACUAGCAGAGCCACCGGAAAUUCGGAAGUCUUGCGAGCUGAUCCUAGCCUUGGAGUCCAAGCGGAUACGGUACCUCGGCGGCAACUCGAAGACGUUGGAUUGUGAGCGGCGCAGUUGCAGCGAAACUUUGACGCUGACAAGACGUUGUGUUAGAAGCUUCCGCGUUUUCCUUUCGUUGGACUAAUCGCUUCCAAGAGGGAAUGACGUAAGCUGGGGAUGUGCUCAGUUUUGUGUGUGAAAGUGCGUGGGAACUGAAAGAUGAUGGCUGUUUCGCCGUUUACGUCACGCAUGGCGCUUUGCGGAAGAUCACUCUCUAGCCCGUACUUAGCUGCGUGCUAAGGGGUUGAAUUGAGAGUGAUCCGACUACAGCGCACAUUCACUUUUUUUAAAAUUUUCCGUGAAGUUUUCAAUCGUAAACGGCACGUUGUCCGUCAUCGCCCUCAAACGGGAUCAUCUACAUCGUCGAGAUCGCCGUUGCACCACUCUGGCCAAAUUAUAUUCCACGAGAAACAGUGAAAAGUGAUCCGCAAGUUUUUUGUGCAACGAUCGCUACCUGUUCAGGUGUAAUCACGUGAAGGGACUUACUGUCUUCGCGGAAACAUCACCAAACUCACCCCAGAUACACCCUGGUAACCCACCGCCCAGAUGGCAAUCUUGAAGUCAACGUGGGCUACUCGGGCGCAGCGAUUGUCCACCGUCGGGUUCCUGCUGUCGCUGCCCAUGUGGCUGCAGUCGUUCGGCAGCGUUGCCUGUGCCGAGGAUCCGAGUCCCGCAAUCUAUCCGGGCCAGGCGAACAUCGCGCUGCUGAUGCCGCUACGAACAGCAGUAAGAAACGGCACCGGCGACGCCACCGCAGGAUCCGCUGGAGACGGCGCGUGCGGCUCCCUGGACCCGCGCCGUGUGCGGCUCGCCCUGGCCGGAGUGUGGGCUGCGCAACAGGCGAACUUCAGGAAAGCCCCGUCUGACUUCAACCUGGGCGUCUACCUGUACGACACGUGCGGACGCGACGACGUGGCUCUUCGGCAAAGCGUGCGCGUCAUCCACCAGGCGGGUCACGUGCGUUCCAUGGCCUGCCCCACCACGCGAGUGCCGCCCGUCUUCGGUGCCAUCCUCCAGGGCGAUGUGGAGGCCGUCGAGACCGCGGCCAAGACCCUCGCCUCCUUCUCGAUUCCGGCGGUCGCCGCCAGGGACGUUCCAGCCGAGAGCGUCCGCAGGCUGCGCAACCUCUACAGCACCGCGCCGGCGGCCACUUCGCUCGCAAGGGCCUUGGCAAGCACGCUGCGUCGUCUGGGCUGGUCGUACGUGGCCGUCAUGUCAACGGCCGAGGACAGGCCACGCGAGCUGUCGCGGGCUUUCCUGCGCGUGGCCCGCGACAUGGCCAUCGACAUCAUGAGCGCCGACGCUCCAACGGGAUUCUCCUACCAGCAGGUGCAAGAGGCGCUGGGCUCCACGAAGCAGCUUGUCGAGAGCGGCUGCCGCGCGGCUGCGCUGUUCGUGACCCCCGCUGAGGCCAAGGCGUUCCUCGUGAGCUACGAGCCCGAUCCAGACGCCGCCUUCUCCUGGGUCCUGGUGACGCCCGGAGACGUGACCGCUUCUCUGGCGGGGCUGCUGGCACCGCACAAGCUGCGGCGCCUGCGCCACGUCCUCUUUGCGGCUCCGGACGACACGCAACGCCCGGCCGAAUACGGCGACUACCUGCGUGAUCUGAUGGACAGGGACGGAUCAGCGCCACUGCUGCAGGAGCUUCGGAAGACUUACUCCAGGAACGACGUGGUUCAGCGCUGGGACGACGAGAUGAGCGACAGCGCGGACGCGGUGGCCGUCAUCCGGGCCGUGUGGGCAAUGGGCGCAGCUCUGCGUGCCGUGCAGAGGGUGCAGUGCGGCCGCGGUACCGACUGCCUCUUCGGCGGCCGCCAGGGGCUCAGUGCUUCCGUGCUGGAGGCGCUGGACUCGCUCAACUUCAACAUGGCCGGCGCCGGGGUGGCGUCCCUGAGCGACACGCCGCUCAAGUUCUCGCACGAGAGGCACGUGGCCACGCUCAAGUACGCCGUCAAGGCCGUCUCCACCAGCGGUGAAGUGCUGCAGAUAUCCGUUUACACAGACGACACUGGCCUUGAAGUGGACGAUGUCCUGGUGCCUACACGCGGCCCCGUCAUUCGAGGAUCCGCUGUAGAAGCCGGCAAGACGAGCGUCAAGCCGUCCACCAGGCAGCGCUCAUCCAACCUACGCUCUAGUAACUUGGAGAUACACAACGAGGGUGAGCCGCAGCCGCUGGGCGACGACACCACCAGUUCGCCGUCGCUGUCCCAGACCGCAUCGGACGAGGACUACGGAGCGCUCGCCGACAAGACCUCCACGGCUCCCGGAGCCGUUCGGCUGGCCAAGCCGAAGCUCUACACAAUCUGGAUAGCCAAACCCUGGACGCUCGCCGUCGUCAUCAUGUCCGGGCUCGGAAUCCUCCUUAGCGCCUACGUCGCGGUGUUCCUUCUGAUGAAGCUCUGCGAGGGAGUCGUGCGCAAGGGCCACCAGCUGACGUCCCUCCUCCUGCUUCUCUCGGUGGUCAGCCUCUUUUUAUCGGCGCUGCUGUUCACUUUCCGGCCCAAGCCCCGGCUAUGCGCCGUCCAACAGUUGGCGCACCACACGAGCUACGCGUUCGCGUUCGGCGCGCUGCUCCUCAAAGGAAUGCACCUGAACGCCAUGCAGAGCGCCGGACUCGGGGGCCGCGCCAGCGGCCUCAACCAGCUGCUAACCAUCUGCUUCCUCGUGGCCGUCCAGAUGGCUCUGGAGGCGCAGGCAUGGAUGCUCUCUCCGCCUCGUUGGUGCAAGCUGAACCAGACCCGGUUCCUGCUGCACCAGGCCUAUCCGUGCGUGGUGCUGGCCCUCGCCGUGCUCAUGGCCUUUCGGACGCGCAACUGCUCCUACCACCGGCGCGACGCCAGAAGCCUGCUGUGCACCAGUCUCCUGGCGGUGCCCAUCCUAGCGGCGGGACACACGGCGUUCCUGCUUCUGGGACCAGGAGAGCAUCAGAUAGCGGCGCUCAGUUUCGCGCUGAUCGCCACGGGGUUCCUGAUUCUCGUGGGCAUAUUCGCGCCUUACCUCAGGGCGCUGCACAAGCGAGGCGGCUACGGCCACAAGCCGCUCAGCUACUCGGACUCGUCGGCGUCCGCCUUCACCACGUUCCAGCACCACCACAAGGACAGCGGGUCCGCGAUACCCGAGUGCUGUUACGUUCGCGGAGGCAGGGCCGUCACCAUCGUACAGCAGUCCAACAGGAACGGCGGCGGGCCGUCUCACCACGUCAGGAACCCACUCUACAUUCCGGGGUCUGCUUACCCGUAGGCGCCGCGAACUGCGACUUCGUCGCAGGGCUGCCGCAACGUUAGCGGAUAGGACUACACGGAGGUCGUGCUCAGGGCGAAAGGCAUUGGCAAAAGGCAUUCGAGCCUCUGUCGUGGCUUCCCUUAACUUUGUGCACAGAGGCACGCGUUUCGACAGUCCACCGCUCUCAACGGGUUAUAUAGCCGCGCGCUGUGUCAACGAGGGGCUGUGGACUUUUCGUGCCGACUGACAUUUUAUGUGCAUACUUCGGAAGCGGUGCUGACCUCGUUGAAGACUGCGUUGUUGUGUGGCAAAUUGUGGCCGUAUAGAGUGAUUGCUCGCACGUGCCCUACGUUCAGGAUGGAUUAGGAAAUGGCUAAUGGUGCUGCAGCCGUGGAUGUAUAAAUCCCUGUCUCUAGCCGUAAGGAGGCCGCGCUUACAAAGACAUACGAGACGGUAUCUCCGUAGCCACCAGUAGCCCCCUAAUCCGACCCUGAAAGGACAAUAAGGACCGUAGCCGCAUCGUAGUAAACAGCUCUUUUCUAUUAUUAACUCCCGAGAUUAUAUCGCGUUAUACGUGCUGGCGCACAACCUUUAUGACGAGUGCACCUAUGUGCCUAAACGAUGUGCCUCUCACAGAUGAGGACACGAGAUCACACGUCGACGCAAUACUUUCCAUGUUAUUUCAGACGUACCGCACUGACGAAUUUAGGCAGAAACAUUGACUUUGCAAGGUGAUUACAUAGACAUGCGCUGUCGCGAACAAUGUUGACAACGCGCAUCUACAGAAUUUGAGCGCGAUGGAAUGCGGUGCAGGAAGCAAUUCUUUGUGUCAUAGAACGUCCUAUGCAUGGCCCCCAGUGCAGUUGGGAGCAUAACUUCAUCGCAGUGCACAUUUACACUUGCGCAAGGGCUCAGGCUGUUGGUUCGAGAUAAUUUUCUUUCGAGCAUGCAUAGCCAGAGGACUACUAUAGGCUGCUCGUGUUCCCUUUUAUGAAAUAUACCGCCCGAUGUAAGGCACUUGAACAAUCGUCAAGGUGCAGGCCGGUGACAUGUUUCAUCGGACGACGUGACCUACACUGCGGUGGCUGUGACUUCAGUGAAUUUGGUAAUUGGAAAAUCAGUACUGCGGAGACAUGCAAGGUGGAGGGAGGGCUAUGAAAUAGAAAAUUGACACCCGCCCGUUUUCAGCAUAAGGCUAUACAAGGGACUCCAUACAGAUCUAUCAGAAAGCAAAAUCUUCACGAAAAAUUCGUCCUGGUCUGGGGAUCGAACCUGGGACCAACUUUAUUCAAGGCCGAUGUUUGUGGUACCUCACCAGUAAGGCAUCGUUUGCUAAAGAGGUAAGAAAAUUGUCUCGAACCAACGUAUUCCACUAGACGGAGACGAUUUCGGGUUGGAGACAAUUGCGCUGGAAGCAGUAUAUAGCUAUCGUUCCACGCUCUCGCUAUGUCUGUUCUUUUUUUACAUUUCUUGUGAGACAAAGAGAAACAAGCUUAGGACGUUCUUCAAGAGCUUCAUAUGUGUCACUGGCAGCCUACUUUGCGUUGCCUGACAAACGGGUGCGGAGUGCCAUUCCUCGCUUGUUCGUGUGAUGGGAAAGGAUACACGUAAUGUUGCGUUGAACAAGGCAAGACACGAGUGUUAAAUGUCUGUACGUGCACUCGGGCAGUAUUACCUGUCUACCACUUCGGCGCAAAUAAAACAUGAAACGGCGUUCCCAGAUUGCUGCUCGCAUGGUUGUUUACAGCUCGUUAUUUCUUUUCAACUCGUCCCUUUCAUCACAUCGACGAGAAAAUUUCACCUGUAAGGCGUGAUGAACCUUGGUGAUGAGCUUUGGGACGUGUAUGUACUGCUACGUUUCCAGAUCCAUUUUCACAAAAAAGAUGUGGUUGCGCUACGAAAUUGCUCAUAACAGAACAUUUCAGUUCAUCGCAAAUGCUGGGCACAUAUCAUUAGCGAAGACGACGGGUCAACGAAAGGACGAAAGAAAAUAUGAACGAAUUAUCUUUUCUGUUUACGGGAACGAGGAUGACGCGAAUAUGACAGUUGCCAGUGUCACGAAAAAUAAACCAUCAUUCGA